UUCUCCCCUCCUCCUUCAACGCCUCUUGCGCAGGGCAGGCAGCGCGGCGCGGAAAGGAGAGACGCAACGCAAGCGACCCCAUCCACCACCCAUGGCGACGGCGCCGCCCUCGCCGUGCUUGGACCAUCCUUUGGACGACGACCUCCACGACCCUGCAGACCCUCAGCAGAUGGGCGUGAGGAAGGUGAGGCUGCCGGGCCGCCGGCGCCUGUGCAAGCUCGGCGACACCUCCGACGACGACGACGACCAGCCCGAUGCUGCCAGCUGGGAGACGGAGGAACCCAGCGGGGUAUUUCUGGAUUGCGGGGACGAUGAGGACGUGACGGACCAGGAGGAGGAAAGCCACCGCGACACCGACACGGAGGAGUGGGAGGAGGAGGAGGAGGAGGAAGACCACCACGACACUGACACGGAGGAGUGGGAGGAGGAGGAGGAGGAGGAGGAGGAGGAAGACCAGCACGACACUGACACGGAGGAGUGGAAGGAGGAUGACUUCCAGAUGGAGGCCGCCGCCGGGAGCGGCAAGCCGCCGUACAGGCUCCCUGCAAGGGUGUUCAAUGAAAGCUGA